AAAGCGGCAAUCCCACACUAGUAAUAAGAUGAAUCAGUGUACACAGACUAUGUAGAGAUUGAAUCAUAUAUAGACGAGAAUACACAGAAAUGGACAGGAAAGUGUCUUUAGGUGAGGACUUGGCUCUCACUCUAAGUGAAUUCGAUGACGCCCUGCAAGACUUCUCAAGAGGUCCCAGGGACUCUGAAGACCAGUUACGUCAACUGAAAUUACAGCAUCUAGCAUCUUGCAGUAAUGGCAACAGUGAUACAGACAGUGGAAGCUCUUCAGUGGUGGGCAGCUUAAGUGCCAGUGAAGAAAACCUAAAUCACUCAAUAACCAGUUCAAAACACCAAACCAACGCAAAGCUUGGUGACACAAGAGAGCUGGAGGAUUUCAUUGCUGAUCUGGAUAAAGUUCUUGAUGAUCUCUGAAAAGAGAAGUUGUAAUUUCAGAAUGAAAGUACUACAUCCUGUUUAUUUUAAGACUAAAUAUAAACAUUCCUGCAAAAACAUCUCCGUUGAACUCUCUAUGAUGUUGCGGACUUCAAUAGACAUCAUGAGCCUGCUUUAUUAUUGAAUUAAUUUUUUUCACAUUUUCAGCCUUUCUCAGUUACAAAGUUAUUAUGUAUGUAUUAUAACAAAAGUAAGAUAUAUUGUAUAGCACUAAUAUACUGUACUAAGAAGGAAGUCCUUUUUUUGUUGCGAAUGGAUACGUAAAUGUCUUUGUGGAUAUGUGUGCAUGUUAUCCAUGGAAGUUGAAGUGGUAUUUUGGCUGUUGUACUUCAGAAUUCAAUAAUAUAUAUUUUUUUUAUUAAAAUGCACAAAAUAAUCUAAUGGAAUGAAAUAUAUCACCAUUAUGUAUUCACUGUACAGCACAUUUCAUAAGUAUUCACCCUGUUGGACAUUUUCGCAUAUUGUGGGAUUUGUAUACAUAACGCAUUGAAUUCAGUUCUGUUCUCAUCAAACAAGAAAAAAAAAUCUACAUGUGCUGUGUUUCCCACAUGCAUACUUUAACUGGGAUUUCAUAUGGAUUUUUUCCCACUGAAAUGGCUUCAUCUAACCACGUGUUAAUGAAGUCUAGUUUUGUGAUGCCUCACAGUUGUCCCAUUGAUGAUGUCCUCUACCUUGUUGAUCUUGUAGGUCUCUUGGGCUUCUUCAGAAUUGUCAUUGGCCUCUUGUUUGCUUAUUUGACGAAUGCCCUCUUUACCGGACUACUGAGUGUUCAAAAUAUUUGAUAUCUUUUUAAAUUUCAAACCUUGACUGUUGCUUCUCCUGAACUUUAUUCCAGUCUUGUUGAUAAUUCUUUGUCCAUCAUUAUGCUGUUUGUCUGGAAAUGCUCUCUAACAAACAGUUGAAACUUCAAGAAACACGUGAAUAGGUUUUAGUGACAAGUUAAUUGAACGCAAGUGUAGUCCUUUCAACUAAUCCAAUAACUUCUGAAGAUAAGUGGAGCUUUAUAGCAACAAGGUGAAUAUUUCUUCAAAUGGCAAAUGCCUUUUUUGUAAGUAAAUUCUGUGUCACAGCAGAUAAAUACAUUACAAUUUCAAAGUGUUUGUGCAGUCGUACGUAAGUUUUUCUGUGUUUGAGUAUGUUUGUUCUUUUCUACAGCAGCUAAAACGGCACAGAAUAGACAAUAUGUCACUCCAGUUUCUGUGAAAUAGAUUUUUUUUUCAAGAAAAAGAAUAUGAUGCAAUAUAUAAAAGAUGUAUAAUGUUUAAGCAUGUAUUAUAAGAAAAUAGUGCCAUUCAAAAUAUAGACAUCCAUAAAAAGCUUAAUGUCUCUAGAACGCCACAUUUGAGAUUAUUUUUUUUAUAAUACAUGUUAUCCUAUAUUAUGUAGGAUUUAAUAUUUUUAAAAUGUGACCAUAGUGCAUAGAAGUAGAGUUUAAAACAUGACAGUGUAUAAUAUUACAUCUAACAUUGUAAAUGUCUUAAUAAAAGAGGCCAAUAACAUUUGUUCA